AUGGCCGCAUCUCAGUCACAGAGUAUUCAGACCCUCCUCGAGGCCGAAAAAGAGGCCGCCAAGGUUGUCCAGCAAGCCCGCGAAUACCGCGUCCAGAAGCUUAAGGACGCACGCGCGCAGGCCACUAAGGAAAUCGAAGAAUACAAGACAUUGAAGGAGGCCCAGUUCAAGGCGUUCGAGGCUUCCCACGCCGGCAACACCCAGAGCGCGCAGGCCGCCGUGGAUAAGGAGACCGACAUCAAACUGAAAGAGAUCACAGCGUCCUACAACAAGAACCGGAACGAGGUCGUCCAGAAGCUGCUUGACCGGGUUGUUCUGGUCAAGCCCGAGCUUCAUCGCAACCUGAAGAAGAUCGGGCAGCCAUGA